AGACAAUUUCAACGCUCUCACAAUAUAAAAACUCAACCAUUUUCUUCCAUUUCUUCACUCAUAAAUCAUAAUUUCAUCAACAAAAUUACCAAAUAAACUAAGAAAAUGAUGAAAAUAUCCUUAACAUACAUUCAAAUACCCUCAUUGUUAUUCUCCAUCCUCUCCCUCUCUUUGCCUCUCCUCCUUCUCAUCCUCCUCUACUACUUGUUCUUUAAGCCUUACCCGAUCCUCCUCCUAAGCUACUCUUGUUACAAACCUCCCUUGGAUCGUAAAUGUAAUCUCGAACUUUGCGAGUAUUUUGUUCAAAAAUCCAAUUCUUUUUCUUACAAGAGUUUUCAUUUUAUGCUUUCAAUCUAUAAAAAAUCGGGUUUAGGAGAGGAGACUUAUGCCCCUCCAUUUAUAUUUGAAGGUUGUAAUAAGGCAUCUUUAGACUCUGCAUGGCUAGAGGCUAAAGAGGGUAUAUUCUCCGCCGUCAAUAAUUUACUAUUGACGGCCAAGAUGAACCCUAAGGAUAUUGAUAUUGUUAUUGUUACAUGUGGUAGUUUUUCACCUGAACCUUGUCUAACAUCUUUAUUGGUUAAUCAUUAUAAAAUGGAUCCCAAUAUCAAAACUUAUAAUCUUAGUGGGAUGGGAUGUGGAAGUGGGAUUCUCUCUAUUGAUAUGGCUGCCCAUAUUUUACGUGGUUCAGGACGAAAUGUCAAAAAUGCACUUGUCGUUGUUACAGAGAAUAUCGGCAUUAAUUGGUAUUUUGGGGAGGACAGGUCAAUGCUGGUUACUAAUUGCAUUUUUCGAGUCGGAUGUGCGGCGGCGAUCGUGACAAAUGAUCCAAGUCGUCGCCGGGAUGCCAAGUUUCAACUAGCUCACUCGCUUCGGACGCACUAUGGGGCGGAUGACAGUUCCUAUAAAGCAGCGUUUCAAGAGGAAGAUGACAAAGGCAAUACGGGUGUUUCACUCACCAAGGACUUAAUUAGAGUGGCGGGUCAAAACUUGCGGGCUCAUUUAACCACUCUUGCACCAAGAGUCCUUCCACUAAGUCAACUCGCUAGGUACGUCAAAUCGGUGGCGCUCACCGUGUUGACUCGGGGCGAGUCUAAAGUAAUGGUACCCGAUUUUACGACUGCGUUCGAGCAUAUUUGCAUCCACACAGGCGGAAAGGCAGUGAUUGAACAAGUAGGGAAGGUGUUGAAGUUAGAGGACACGGUCACGGAGCCGGCUCGAAUGACACUCCACCGGUUCGGGAACACGUCGAGUAGCCUAGUGUUCUACGAGUUGGCUUAUUUUGAAGCAAAAAAAAGGAUAAAAAGAGGGGAUAGAGUAUGGAUGUUGGCAUUUGGGACAGGUUUCAAGGCUGGGAGUUUGGUUUGGAAAGCGUUACAAGAUUCAAAUGAUGAUAAAAAUAAUCCAUGGUAUGAUUGCAUCCAUAGGUACCCACUUAAAUCUUGGUAGAUCGAUGGGAGUAAUUAUAUUACUUUUAAAUAUUAUUGGAAAUUAAUUUGGUAGUUCAAUCUGACAAUUAAAUUCAUUGUCAGGAGAUUCCCUCAAAAAAAAAAAAUAAUAAUCAAUGUCAGGAGUUACUAUUAGUCGUAUACAAAGUAUAUAGCAAUACAUAUGUGGUGUAACAAGCAAACUAUAGAGUAAUUGGUGUAUGAAUGUAUCUUACAUACAGUAAAUGCGUCAACUUAGGUUGGCUCAAAGCUAGAUAAGUGAUCAUUUUCUUCUUUA